AUGGAGUUGAUGCAGGAGAUUUUGAUGCAUCCAGAUGAAUUAUACCCAUUGGUAAAGCUCAUGUUAACGGCAAAACGCAUCGAGAAGAAGACAUCAGUGUGGCUGUUGCAGCCACACUGGGCCUUCUGCUACGCUACUCUCCGAAAGGUGUCUCGUAGCUUUGCUCUUGUAAUUCAACAACUUCCUAGUGACCUUCGUAACGUGGUUUGUGUUUAUUAUUUGGUUCUUAGAGCACUUGACACUGUUGAGGAUGAUACCAGCUUAGCCAUUGAGGUUAGAGUACCUAUUUUGAGAAAUUUUUAUUGCAACUUCUAUGAUCCUCAAUGGCAUUUUUCAUGUGGUACAAAGGCAUUCAAGGUUCUUAUGGACCAAUUCCAUCAUGUUUCCACUGCUUUCCUAGAGCUUGAUACAAAUUAUCAAGAGGUGAUUAAGGAUAUUACCAAGAGAAUGGGUGAAGGAAUGGCGAAAUUUCUAUGCAAGGAGGUAGAAACAAUCGAUGAUUAUAAUGAAUAUAGUUUCUAUGCAUCUGGACUUUGUGGAUUAGGAUUAUCAAAGUUUUUUUAUGUUUCUGGAAGAGAAGAUUUAGCACCAGAAUCCAUCUCGAUUUCCAUGGGUUUAUUUCUUCAGAAAAUAAGCAUCAUUAGAGAUUAUCUAGAGGACAUAAGUGAAGUACCUAAAUGUCGUAUGUUUUGGCCUCGACAAAUUUGGAGUAAAUAUGUUAACAAACUCGAGGACUUUAAGUACGAGGAAAACUCGGUCAAGGCAGUACAAUGUCUGAAUGAAAUGGUCACUAAUGCUUUAUUAUAUGUAGAAGAUUGUCUGACUAGCAUGUCUAGUUUACGCGAUCCUGCUAUCUUUCAGUUCUGUGCAAUUCCACAGAUCAUAAAUAUGGGGAAUUUGUCGAUGUACUACAACAACGUUGAGAUUUUCAAAGGCGUUGUUGAAAUGAGACGAGGCCUCUGUGCUAAGAUUAUUGAUCAGACAAGGACGAUGGCUGAUGUCUACGGAGCUUUUUAUGACUUUUGUUGUAUAAUGGAAUCUAAGGUUGAUCGCGAUGAUCCAAAUGCAACGAGUACUUUGAAGAGGCUUGAAGCAAUCUUGAAAACUUGCAGAGACUCCGGAACCUUAAAUCAAAGGAAAUCUUACACAUUCAGCUAUCAGCCUAAUUAUAAUAUUCCAGUUUUGAUUAUCUUCUUUUUCAUCAUGUUGGCUAUUCUUUUAUCAACAAAAAUACCUUAAGAGACCAUAGGUGAGCAUUCUA